AUGACAUAUGUAGAGUGCUGGAGUUCUUCUACUGAUUGGAAGACCUUGAUUCUUGGCGAUGGUGAUGGUGUGAUACUUGAAAGAUUGGCCAACAAGUUAGAACUACAUACCAUUGCAGACUUGAAAACUGAAACUAUAGCUGUUAGAAAACUACUAAAAGGGAGAGAUCUGCAAAAUGCUGAAAGUACCAAGCAAAUAACAAAUAUUCUUGUAAAAUUUGAACGGACCGCAGGAGUCGACGGAAACAUAGAGCUUGACGAUUGUUUGGAGGAUGAGAAGAGUGUUUUUGAGGAUGAAAAGAGUGUUUUUGUAGGGUUGUUUCCAGGUGUCUUUCUAAAGGACGAAGACGUUGCUGCCUUCACCAUUUACGCUAUUGAUUAUCCACGGACAUUAAACAAGACGUUGAAUUUGAGGCCACCUGGAAAUGUCUACUCGUUGAAUGAGUUGGUAGAGGUCUGGGAAAGCAAGAUUGGAAAAAAAAAACUUGAAAGGAAUUAUGUACCGGAAGAUCAACUUCUUAAAUCCAGACAAUGCAAGUCUGAUUUUUAUAAACUCGGUCUUUGUCAAAGGAGAUCACACAUACUUUGA